AUGGAUUUGAGAGGAGAUGAGGAGCGCAUUCGACGUUGGUUGUGUGAGUCAGACAUCGAGUCUAACCACGAUGAAGCAGAGGAACUAUCGGAAUCCGAAGAAGAAGAUAAUAUGGUGGCAGAUGCCCACGUAGGAACUGAUGAAAGUGAGGAAGAAGGUUCGAUGUCAUCUGAUGAGGAGAUUUUAGUCAACAGUUGCUCACGUAAGCGAAGAUUUGUAGAUUCAGAUGAUAAUAAAUCCAAUGCAGGUCAGUUGGGGUCUGAGUCCAUCCAGCAUCAACAGGAGCCGCAGGAGCCUGAGUCAUCAUUUGUGAUCCGUUCCAAUAAAAAUCACCUUUAUGGAAAGAGCGGUUAUAAAUGGUCUACUAGACCUCGCAAUCCACGAGCAAGAACAUCUUCUCGUAAUGUGAUUCACGUAAUCCCUGGACCUGCAGGUGUAGCCAAAGAAAUAACAGAUCCCAGAGAAUUAUUUCUCCUGUUCAUUUCUCAUGAAAUGAUCAAUGAGAUGAUUACUUAUACCAACACGGAGAUUGACAUCAAGAAGUCUAAAUACAAACAGGAGAAGUAUACCAACUCGCAUACUUCCACUAACGAAGUGACGGCUUUACUGGGUCUCUUGAUACAAUCAGCGGCUAUAAAAAGUCGUAACAUUUCAGCGGGGGAACCAUUAUAUUGUCAAACACGUCCUUUUAACUCUAAUGAAGACUCAAUUGAAGUGGUUGCAGCUAAACCUUUGGAAAUGUGGUGGCACGAAUGGGAUACUGCUUCAAGUACAGUGGAGACACCAUUUUUACUUUCCUGUCCAUUAACAGAUAGUCUAUAUGACAUGUCUGUAGUGUACAUCGUUACUGAACCCUGCGAAGAUCCUGGUAAUGCAUUUGUAUUAAAACCCUCAAAGAAAUUAACGGAAUACAAACGAACAUUUACAAUUUGCGUUAAAGAUAUGAAUUUCAAUAAAAAUAUAGCGCAGAACCUAAUAGAAUGGAUUGAAACCAACAAGAUACUGGGUGUUGACCUUAUUGACGUAUAUAUUGAUGAAAUAACCAAGGAGACCCAAAAUGUCCUAUUAAGAUAUAAAGAUCAAGGAAAUUUAGCAGAAUCAGAGUAUAUUGUACCGUUAGAUGUAGAUGAAAUAUUGCUGCCAAAAAUAGCUUUUAAUUUGUCAGAAUUGCUGAGACGUUUAAGAAAAUUUGGAGUGCAUAAAUAUAAAUUCUUUAAAAAUGAUUCUAACAAGAGUAAGAUCUAUGUCAAACGAGAUAAUGUACGAAUUAACGACGCGAUCAAUAUUAAUGUAGAGAAAAUAGAAUUAGAAGAUGACUUUAAUAGUUUAAGUAUGACUGAUUUAGAUAAUUUAGAUAAAGAAAAUUUAAACAAAUACGAAAUUAAGUGUAAAAGGAGAAUUCCUAUUCCCAAAUUAUAUCAAAAUAUUAUUCGCUCGCCGUUAGUGAGUCCCGUUGGUUAUUAUAGUAAAAGUAUGAUGCUAACAAGAAGAGUAUUAACUGCAUUUAAUCACUACCCUUUAACAAACCUUGGAAUGGCAGGCUUGGAAUGGCGGAUGGUCUACGCCAUUCAGCGAAGUGCAGCUCAAUCAUUAUAA